AGCCGCUCCGGCCCCUCCCCCGUCCGCGGGGGGCCCCGCCGAGCGGCCGAUGCGCCGCUGGCCGCGCUCCGCGGCCGCCCGCUGGAGAGCGGCGGCCACCGGCGGCGGCCGCCGCGGAGAAGGAGGCGGCUGGCGGCCACUGGCGGCUGGCCGCUGACAGCCGUUCGCUCCGUGCUGCCCAGCAGCAGCAGCACCACCACUGCGCCAUCCCAGCCCUCCAGGAGGAGCGGUCGAGGAGGAGGAUUGGGUCUGCAGCGGCGCUGGGGCGCGGGCCAGGCUCCGGGAAGCGCCGCCGACGACGUCGGCUCGAUGGGGGUCGAGCGGGCCGGGCAGAGGCCGAAGAAGGGCGAGGACCCCGCGGCGGAGGCACCCAGCAAGAUCAGCUUCCCCGAGGUGCUGGUGCGGUGGUGCAGGCCCGACCCCCCCAUGCGGGGCACUCCGCCCCAGCCCGACGGCGCGCAGAGCGGCAGCAUCAGGCUGCUCGGCAAGCCGAUGGACCGGGGCAGGCAGCUGCGCGAGGAGAGGAGGAGGCAGCGCAAAGCCAAUUCCAGGGGGGGCGCCGCCGGCGACAGAGGAGGCUCCGACGCGGGGCUCGUCCGCGUGGAGGCGGUGAUGGCAAUGUUCCGGGACCAGGGCUCCGACGUGCCGCUCAGGGAGGAGCGGCCGGGCCGGGUGCCGCCAUCCGCGAGGGCGUCGUUGCUCUUGCCUCGCGACGCCUCUGCGGUCCACCGCCAGGUGUCCACAGAGGAGGACGAGGACGACGCGGAGCAUGCUGCUGCAGCCAGUGAGGAUCCUCAUCAGCUGGCAGCUGCGACGUGGGAGACCGCGGUGUUCGAGGUGGUGCAGCCGGCUCAAUCCGAAGGCGCCGCUGCGAAGCUUGGCAUCGCAGAAGCGAGAAGCGUCGCUACCCAGGUAAGGGCGCAAGCCGCAAGGAUUACCUCCGAGGCAUGGGCAACUCUGAAGCAAGAGUUCGAGGUUCAGUGCCAGGUCUGGGAGAGCGCAGCUCUCCUGGCCGCUGCGAGAAACAAGGGCAAGAUCGAGGAGCUCGAGAAACGGCCAGAAGCUCAGCUCAGGGCGAAGCUGGAGGCUCUGCUUCUCGAGAGCGCAGACGUAGGCUCCAGCGCGAGCAGCGACGCAAUCAAGACGUUCGCGGCCACCGUGAGGGAGGACGCCCAGCAGGGCCGCCACCUCAGCAAGUCGGUUGCCAGCGCCUCUGCCGAAGCGGAGCGAGCGCAGCCCCUUUCGGAGGCACGCCACUCUCUCAGUCGCCAUCUCGAAGCCGUAGCUGCUGGCAGCUCUUCCACGCAGCUGGAGGCAGCCCGCCGCGAAGACCUCGAGAUGCUGGUCUCCACCUGUCGACUGGAGGACACCCGCGUGGAGUAUUGCACCAGGCGCGUGCUCGGGCUGUCUAUGUUCGUGGGCUCCGUCGACAUGGGCGGCGACAGGUGCAAGUGGGCGGACGUGGGAGACGACGUUCGCGAGGGCUUCCUGAGCGGGUCCUGGGGCUCGCAGAGCACUGAGCCGUGGGCCGCCUGA